GCUUUACAAUAGAGCUCGGUCGGAGGGGCCUGCGGAGAAGCGCCGGGAAGUGCCACUUCCGGCAUGUUCAGCUCUGGACGAAGAAUGGCCGAGAAGUGGAGGGUGGGGGAGAGACUCCAAUGCCCAGCGGGCCGUGCGCGGGCGGCGCUUGCGCGAUACGCGGACGGGGGGGCGGUCGGGCCAUUUAAAUGUGUGUUUGUGGGUGAAAUGGCUGCGCAGGUCGGAGCGGUGCGCGUAGUACGGGCGGUGGCGGCGCAGGAGGAGGCGGACAAAGACGGGAAGGAGAAACCCCACGCUGGGGUCUCGCCGCGGGGAGUGAAGCGGCAGCGCCGAGCGAGCAGCGGGGGGUCUCAGGAGAAGCGGGGGCGGCCGAGCCAGGACCCCCCUCUCGCUCCCCCUCACCGGCGGCGUCGCAGCCGCCAACAUCCCGGGCCGCUGCCGCCAACGAAUGCAGCCCCAACCGUCCCAGGCCCUGUUGAGCCUCUGCUCCUGCCGCCUCCGCCGCCACCUUCGCUGGCACCCGCCGGGCCCGCUGUCGCUGCCCCGCUCCCGGCCCCGGGCACCUCGGCCCUCUUCACCUUCUCGCCCCUGACGGUGAGCGCAGCCGGGCCCAAGCAUAAGGGCCACAAGGAGCGGCACAAGCACCAUCACCACCGCGGCUCUGAUGGUGACCCAGGCCCCUGCGCUCCGGGAGAGCUCAAGCACAAGGACAAGCAGGAAAACGGCGAGAGGACAGGAGGGGUGCCUCUGCUCAAGGCCCCCAAGAGAGAAACACCAGAUGAAAAUGGUAAAACCCAGAGAGCUGAUGAUUUUGUCUUGAAGAAAAUAAAGAAGAAAAAGAAAAAGAAACACCGAGAAGAUAUGCGAGGAAGACGCCUUAAAAUGUACAAUAAGGAAGUACAAACCAUCUGUGCUGGCCUGACCCGCAUCAGUAAGGAAAUCCUCACCCAAGGACAAAUAAAUAGCACUUCAGGAGUUAAUAAGGAGUCCUUCAGGUAUCUGAAAGAUGAACAGCUGUGUCGAUUAAAUUUGGGCAUGCAAGAAUAUCGGGUACCCCAAGGAGUACAAACACCUUUUAUGACUCACCAGGAACAUUCUAUUCGUAGAAAUUUCUUAAAAACAGGUACUAAAUUUAGCAACUUUAUUCAUGAGGAACACCAGUCCAAUGGUGGUGCUCUUGUCCUUCACGCUUACAUGGAUGAACUCUCAUUUUUGUCUCCAAUGGAGAUGGAGAGAUUUUCUGAGGAGUUUCUUGCUUUGACAUUCAGUGAAAACGAGAAAAACGCUGCUUACUAUGCCUUAGCAAUAGUGCAUGGAGCGGCUGCUUAUCUCCCAGACUUCUUGGACUACUUUGCUUUUAAUUUCCCCAACACUCCAGUGAAAAUGGAAAUUCUGGGCAAGAAAGAUAUUGAAACAACCACCAUUUCAAAUUUUCACACUCAGGUCAACAGGACAUACUGCUGUGGCACCUACCGAGCAGGUCCUAUGCGGCAGAUAAGUCUCGUUGGAGCAGUAGAUGAAGAAGUUGGUGAUUAUUUCCCAGAGUUCCUUGAUAUGUUAGAAGAAUCACCAUUUCUGAAAAUGACUUUGCCCUGGGGUACACUUUCCAGCCUCCGACUCCAGUGUAGGUCCCAGAGUGAUGAUGGGCCCAUCAUGUGGGUCAGGCCAGGAGAGCAGAUGAUCCCUACAGCAGACAUGCCAAAGUCACCCUUCAAAAGACGACGAUCAAUGAAUGAAAUUAAAAAUCUCCAGUACCUACCUCGGACCAGUGAACCCCGGGAAGUCCUCUUUGAAGACAGGACAAGAGCUCAUGCUGAUCAUGUAGGUCAGGGGUUUGACUGGCAGAGUACGGCUGCUGUUGGGGUUUUGAAAGCUGUACAGUUUGGUGAAUGGAGUGACCAACCUCGCAUAACCAAAGAUGUGAUUUGUUUUCAUGCUGAGGAUUUUACUGAUGUUGUACAGAGACUUCAAUUAGACCUUCAUGAACCUCCAGUUUCCCAGUGUGUGCAGUGGGUAGAUGAAGCAAAACUAAACCAAAUGAGGCGGGAAGGCAUUCGUUAUGCUAGAAUUCAGCUGUGUGACAAUGAUAUCUACUUCAUCCCUAGAAAUGUCAUUCAUCAGUUCAAAACAGUGUCAGCAGUGUGCAGCUUAGCCUGGCAUAUAAGGCUUAAACAGUACCACCCUGUUGUGGAUGCCUCUCAGAACACAGAAGGCAGUUCUAAUGUGGACUGUGAUUUAACUGGAAAGCAAGAAUUAGAAGUUGACUCCCAGUGUGUGAGGAUAAAAACUGAAUCUGAGGAAAUGUGCACAGACACACAGCUUUUGACAACUGCUUCAUCGUCCUUCCCACCUUCAUCUGAACUUAAUCUACAGCAAGAUCAGAUGACUCAGUCUAUUCCAGUUUUAAAGGUGGAAAGUAGACUGGACUCUGACCAGCAACACAGUCUACAGGAACAUUCAAGCACUCCUGUGUGAUAUGUAUAUAUUCAAACACAUUUUUUAACUUUUUUAAAUUUUGAUGUGAAGUUAUAGUUUUAUAACUGGCUUAAGUUAAGUUUUAUUGGAGAAAUCUUGCCUAUAAUUCUAUAAAGAGAAAUGACAUUCCACAAAUGUCAAGCAUAUCUUUUUUACACAGAUUAUGCAAAGUUAAGAGUUGUAUCUUAUCCCGUUAGUACAGUAUGUAAUAGUGGGUCUGCUGCUACUUUCUGUUUUAAGGUGUGAGGUAACAAUUCAAUCUCUUCUUCAAAUCAAAAUGAGAAUUCUCUGGAAUAACAGAUUCUUAUUUAGUAAAUUAAUUCACUUCCUUUAAUUUUAUCUUGACUUGUCUCUUGCCAUUUUUGCUGUUUUUACGAUAGAAGAUCAGAUUCAUGAUUUAGUACUUGUGCUUUUAUGGCACAGUUCCUGUUUCUACAGUAAAAAUGGCGUAGGUUGCAGGAAAGAGGUCCUGCAUCUUGUGCGUGGGCAAGUCGUUUGUUUGGUUUCAACCAUAAAGAGCAGGUAGUUUCUAAGGAGUUCAGUGGCUCUCUGAUUUCCUAACAAAAGAGAAAGCACAGCACUUUCUGAUCCAACUGUUUUUUUUUUUUUUUGUAUCUGUUAUUUAAAGCCCAGUGGAUAUUUCAAUUAAAAAUAUCUAAAGAUGAA